CAAGCCCAUGUCUCUUCAUACCCCCUCCACACGAUACGGUAAACAUUCUAACCUCACUUCCGUGUGCGAAUAAAUCACUGAGGGAUCAUUUUGAGGCGGCGAAUCAGUGAUUCGCUGCCGUUGUUUUAAUUAUUUUGUUAUUUACCACGGGAAGAAAAAUGAAGUCCUUUGGAAUCAAAAUAUCUCACAGGGGAUUGAUUCAGAGCACUUUCACCAGGCUCCAAUCAACAGCUGCAAGUACCCCUUCAAAGUCUUCGACUCCCGAGAUUCAAAUACCAGUGAAAAAGCAACGCGGACCUACUGAUAUUCUUCAAGCACUUGAAAAGACAAUUUCUCGUGAUCCUACAGCGCCGAAAUAUAAAUAUCACGAUGAUCCUUAUCUCAUUCCCUACUCAAAUCUGCAGAAGAGGACAUUUGCUCUAGCUCAGGAGUCUGGCAGAAAAACUGCAAUGUGGAUUCGUGCAGAGCAUUCUAAGCUCUUCCAGCACAGAGUUGCUGAUCCAGUUAUUGAGGUAUUUCUACCGAAAGCAGUAUAUACAGAUAAAGCAGCUGUCUCUGAAGAAAUAUUGAAAAAUGUCAUCAAGAAUGGUCAAACAUCUGAUGCUAUUGCGAUUUACCAAUUAUUGGAAGAGCAAGUAUCAGACGAAACCAAAGAGUCGCUUCUAGAACUGCUUUGUUAUUACAACAAUAACGAAAAGUUUCCUGAGGAAUUGUCGGAGGAGAAGUGGUUCAGAAGGACGGAGACAUCCACAACUUGGAAAUAUUGCCCUGUGACCGACAAACUUUUUGCGACUCUGAAGGAUAAAGAUGAAGCGACAGCUGCAAAAGCAUAUAAUGCUAUGAUCUGUGGCCAAUCAAAAUACUUGAAGAUCGAGGCAGCUUGGAACCUCUUUCAAGAAGCCGAGAAGAAAGGUUAUCCAAUAGCAAUAGAAACCUACAACCAAUUGAUUGGAAUCAUCUCUUACCGGAAAGAUGGUCCACGAGAACGUUUGGCAGUACUGAUGGAGAUUUAUAACAAGAUGCAAACAGCUUGCAUUCAACCAAACACAGAAACAUUGGCUAAUUCAUUGAAAUUAGCUGCAGCGAUUCCAAGACAUUCAUCUGCAAUGGAAGUAUGCAGAGAUAUUUUUACAGAGUUCAAAGCUAUAGGUGUAGAACCAUCACUGUCAUGUUAUUACUACGCUUUGGUGAUUUAUUACAAAAAAGCGGAAGCUAGUGCUCCUCCAAGUUCUCUCCUUCGAGAAAUAAUUGCAAAUCUCGAAAGAAGAAAAGAUUUAAAAAUGGAAAAUUCGAUGGACACAUUUUUCUUCAUGACUGCAAUGGAAGUAGCCGCAAAUAAUCUUGAGGAUCCAAUUUUUGCUGAUCGAAUUCAUAAACUUCUGCUCACCAACGAUAAUUACAAAUUAAUAGGAGAUGCAUUCAAAGAGAAUUUAUACUACCGCCACUAUUUCCAGGUUCAUGUGGAGAAUAAUGCUCUCGACGAGUUUAUGAAAUCAUAUUAUGACCUGAUAGUCCCUCACGUUUACACCCCAGAGCCAAAUAUCAUGAAUGCAAUUCUUCAAGCGGUGAGUGCCAAUGAUCCUGAGAUUGGCAUGCCGCUGCUUCCAAGAUUAUGGACACAUUUGGUGCAGUUUAAUUAUCUUGAGAGGAAAGAUUUGGUCUCCAAGGCUCUCCAUUUAAUGACAACACAUUGUAUACCACCGAAGAAUUCACCAGUACAUCAAAUGUACGCGGACGCUGCUUGGACUGUGUGGAACUUUGUUAUGGCCCAGAGGAACAAAAAAGUUCAACAGAUAAGUUGGACGGGACCAAUUCUUGGCGACGUGGCUAUUUUAUGCCUUCGUGCUGAUGAUUUCGAUAAAUGGACGCAGAUAAUUACUUUCAUGUUCACCCAGCAAAAUUCUAUCAUCGGCCCACCAUCUGCUGGUCAAAUUGAUGAACUCUUCAAUGCGUGCAUUCUCGGAGGACAUGCUCAAUCUGCUUUGGACUUGAUUCACUACUGUUCAGACAUUGGUUUUGAAAAUGUCCCUUCAAUGGCUUACAAACUUCAUGUGAAUCUCCCUCUCGUGGACCACCAAAUGAAUCGUUUGAAAAGCUUGGUAGAUCCGGAAGUGCUAAAAAUCCGCUCAGAAGACUCAAGAUAAUUCAUCUAAAAUGUUUGGUUCUAUCAGGAAAUAGAAGAGUAAGAAACAAUCGAAAUAAUAUCCAAUCGAUGUUGGAUUUUCAAUGCAUUAAUGUAAAUAAAUAAAUGUUGAAUUCUCACAUGGAUUGACUUUUGAGAUGAAAAUGGGUGUCUUUCUAGAUGAUUUCGUUUCUUUUGAGCUCAUUAUCUCAUAAUUUACUUCUUUGACCACCCAGAAAUUUGAAAAACUUUCAGUGAAUAUUUAAAAUUGAAGUUAUUGACACUUACCCCUACCACAGUGAGGGGAUAAAGCCACCAGAUUAGAAGAAUUAAAAUAGAAGUUCGAUGUUUUUUUGAACAAUUUUUACGUGCAUACAUGGUCGUCAUAGAGCCAGGGAGGUAUAGACGCUCUGGUUUUACAUACCCUCGUGGCCCUUUGGCUCUACGACGAGUGACGCAUUUAAUUACAGCGUAAUUGCGAGAUUACUAGAACUGGCCACGCACUCCAUAUACGGAUCAUUUGCGAAAGGUUCCGUUUAACACUGCAUUUAUUUCGAUAAUAAUUAAUUCCUACCUGAGAACCCUAACAAUGCUCCAUGACAAACAUGACUACCCCACGAAGUCAUGACAAGUGCACGGCAGUUGCCAUGUGGAUAUUUAAAUGGGAAAAGUUUAUCAUUUGGGUUUAGAAUGAAUAGGAAUAAAGUGAGAUUAGGCAUGAAGAGAUCCGUUAUAUAUUGAAGUAAUAAUUAUUUCAGCAACUUUUCUCAAAGGAGAACUCCAUUCUUGUCUUAAACUUUUCUUUACAGUUCAAACAAUUCCUUCGAAAAAGGAAAUAAUACAUGAUUACAUUGCUAGAUCAACGAAAGAAACACUUCGUAAAACGUUACACUGGGUUUUUGCUCCCGAAUGGAAGCUUUGUAAUUGCUCAAAUUUAAGCUUUCAAUUUUUUGCGUUACGGUAACUAAAUAUG